AGCAGCUGCUCCCGGGCCAAGGGAACCGGAGACCUGCCCCGUCACAAGCGAGGCGCUGGGGAAGCCGGAGUCAUGACGGGCGAAGUACUUUCUGAGGUUCACCUAGAAAUCAGUGAUCCAAAACUUAUCUCACAGGAAGAAGCAGAUAGUCCUUCAGACAGUGGACAAGGCAGCUGUGGAACAAUUGUGCCCUUGAGUGAGGAAGAUUCAGAUGAAGAGAUAUUUGUGAGUAAGAAAUUAAAAAGCAGGAAGCUGCUACAAGACAGUGAUUCUGAAGGAGAGGACACAAAUGUCUUUCCAGAGGACACUUAUGAGAUCAUCGAGGAUGAAAAUAAAGAGAACUUAUAUGCCAGAAAAAAUGGAAAAGUCAGAAGGAUUUACAAAACUCUGGCAGACAGUGCUGGAAGUGACAUUGAGGAGUCUUUGUAUCAGGAAAAUCUUGAAACUCAGGUGAAGCCUUGCUUAGAGCUGAGUCUCCAGUCUGAAAACUCCGUGGGCUUUACAGUUGACAGAAAGAUUUCUAAAAAACCCAAACAUGAUAAAGAAGGAACGGAAGGGAAAUCAAAAGUAAAAUCAAAGAGAAGACUUGAGAAAGAGGAAAAAAAGAUGGAAAAAAUCAGACGGCUAAAAAAGAAACAAACCAAAAAUGAGGAGGAUGAUGUGAAACAGCCAUUUAAUGAUAGUGGCUGUCUUCUUGUGGAUAAAGACCUUUUUGAAACUGGAUUGGAGGAAGAAAAUAACUCUGCAUUAGAAGAUGAAGAGUCAUUAGAAUCAAUACGGGCAGCUGUGAAAAACAAAGUAAAAAAGCACAAGAAAAAGGAGCUAUCUUUGGAGAGUGGGGUCUAUUCAUUUGAAGAAGAAACUGAGUUAUCAAAAGCUACCAUACGGAAGGAAAGGAAGGCAGCCAAAUUAAGUAAGGAGGCAUUAAAAAAACUGCAUAGUGAAACUCAGCGCCUUAUUCGAGAGUCUGCACUUAAUCUUCCAUAUCAUAUGCCUGAGAAUAAAACCAUUCAUGAUUUCUUCAAACGUAAACCCCGACCCACUUGCCAGGGAAAUGCCAUGACGCUACUGAAGUCAUCUAAGUAUCUGUCAAACCUUCACAAAGAAGCCAUAGAUACUGCAAAUAGAAGUGAGAUGAAUAAUGACCACCAUAGCAAAGAUCCUGAGCAUACCAUAGGUGUGGGCCAUGAACUGGAAAUUAACACACUUCCUGCAGUUUCAAAGGAACCCCAGAUCACUACUGGAUCAGACGAGUCUUACAGUAAGGAUUUAAUGGGAAGUGAAGAGCUAGAACUUCAGGAGAAACAGAAGCAGAGUGAUGAUAGACCUCCACCUGAGGACAGCUCAGUGGCACAACAGGAAUCCAGCUUCCUUGGGAACAAGGACAAUGAGGUGUGUCAAGCUGGAGGGCUUAUGGCACCUGAACCUCAAGCCCUGGAGGGAGAAGGCGGCCUGGAAAAAACAGAAGACGCAGAUGAGAAGGUGGAGCCCAGGCAGCAAACUAAAUCAGUAGUUGCACCACCUGAAAAAGCGAGGAGGUUCACUCUGGAUAGACUUAAACAACUGGGAGUAGAUGUUACCAUUAAACCUCGGUUGGGUGCUGAUGAAGACUCCUUUGUAAUACUUGAAGAACCUGAAACCAACAGAGAACUGGAAGCCUUGAAACAGCGUUUCUGGAAGCAUGCUAAUCCAGCAGUGAAACCCAGAGCUGGUCAGAAGAUAAAUGUGAACAUCAUAGUGAAAGGCCUGGGCACUGACGGAAGGGAAGAGCUAAAGGCAGAUGUGGUGCCUGUGACUUUGGCAGCUGAGAAGCUGGAUGGAGCAAGCCAUACAAAACCAGGUGAAAAGCUUCAGGUGCUGAAAGCUAAGCUGCAGGAAGCAAUGAAACUCCGUAGACUUGAGGAGCGCCAAAAGCGCCAAGCUUUAUUUAAGUUAGAUAAUGAAGAUGGAUUUGAAGAAGAGGAAGAGGAGGAAGAAAUGACAGAUGAGUCUGAGGAAGAUGGAGAAGAGGAGGAAGAAGGAGAUUUAGAGGAAGAGGAGGAAGAAGAAGGCAAUCAGGAGGUUGCAGAAUUCCUUCUUGGUAGUGAAGAAAUAGAAACCAAAGAUGAGAAAGAAAUGGAUAAAGAAAACAGUGAUGGCAGUAGUGAAAUUGGCAAGUCAGUUGGCCUCUCUGUCCCCAAACCUCUGUCAUCUGACUCUACCUUACUUCUAUUUAAGGACAACUCUUCCAAGAUGGGUUACUUUCCUAGUGAAGAAAAAUCAGAAACAGAUGAAAUCUCAGGCAAAAGGCCUAGCAAACUGGAUGAAGAUGAUUCAUGCUCGUUACUAACAAAGGAGAGCAGCCACAAUAGCAGCUUUGAGCUGAUUGGCUCCACAAUUCCAUCCUAUCAGCCUUGCAACAGACAAACAGGCCGUGGGACUAGUUUUUUUCCCACAGCAGGAGGAUUCAGAUCUCCUUCCCCUGGGCUAUUUCGAGCCAGUUUGGUCAGUUCAGCUUCUAAGAGUUCAGGAAAGCUGUCUGAGCCUUCACUUCCCAUAGAGGAUUCCCAGGAUCUGUAUAACGCCUCCCCAGAGCCUAAGACACUUUUCCUGGGAGCAGGAGACUUCCAGUUCUGUUUAGAAGAUGACACUCAGAGCCAACUGUUGGAUGCAGAUGGGUUCUUAAAUGUUAGAAACCACAGGAAUCAGUACCCAGCUCUGAAGCCUCGAUUGCCAUUGGCCAGCAUGGAUGAGAAUGCCAUGGAUGCUAACAUGGACGAACUAUUGGAUCUGUGUACUGGAAAGUUCACAUCUCAAGCUGAAAAAACUCUGCCCAGGAAGAGCGACAAGAAAGAGAACCUGGAGGAACUUCUGAAUCUUUGUUCAGGAAAAUUCACUUCUCAGGAUGCCUCUACUCUGGCUCCAUCAGAAUUAAAUAAGCAAGAAAAGGAGAACAGUUUGAGUGAUCCCAUGGAAGAAGCCCUUGCUCUUUGCUCAGGCUCUUUCCCAACAGACAGGGAAGAAGAAGAAGAAAAAGAAGAAGAAGAAGGGGAAGAGGAAGAAUUUGGAGACUUUCGGCUUGUCCCAAAUGAUAAUGAGUUUGAUAGCGAUGAGGAUGAACACAGUAACUCUGAUAAUGAAGAUCUGGCACUGGAAGACCAUGAAGAUGAUGAUGAAGAAGAGCUCCUGAAGCAAUCUGAGAAGUUGAAAAGGCAAAUGAGAUUGAAGAAAUACCUAGAGGAUGAGGCAGAGGUGUCGGGGAGUGACGUGGGAAGUGAAGAUGAGUAUGAUGGGGAAGAUAUUGACGAAUAUGAACAGGAAGAAAUUGAUGAAGUACUUCCUUCUGAUGAGGAGCUGCAGAAUCAAAUCAAGAAAAUACACAUGAAAACGAUGUUGGAUGAUGAUAAGCGACAGCUGCGUUUAUACCAGGAGAGAUACCUUGCUGAUGGGGAUCUGCACAGUGAUGGUCCUGGACGAAUGAGGAAAUUCCGAUGGAAAAACAUAGAUGAUGCUUCCCAGAUGGACUUGUUCCACAGAGAUUCUGAUGAUGAUCAGAUUGAAGAGCAGCUCGAUGAGACAGAAGCCCAUUGGAGGAAGGAGAGAAUUGAAAGAGAGCAGUGGCUUCGGGACCAGGCACAGCAGGGGAAAAUUGCAGCUGAAGAAGAAGAAAUUGGGGAAGACAGUCAGUUUAUGAUGCUAGCCAAGAAAGUUACAGCCAGAGCGCUACAGAAAAAUGCCAAUCAAACUGUGGUUAUUCAAGAACCAAAGUCUUUACUCAGAAAUCCUUUUGAAGCUAUCAGGCUGGAGAGUGCUCACCAGCUGAAGACAGGCUCACUGCUAAACCAGCCCAAAGCUGUGCUUCAGAAACUGGCUGCCCUCUCUGACCUCAACCCCAGUGCACCCCGAAAUUUAAGAAACUUUGUCUUCCACACACUUUCUCCUGUUAAGGCUGAGGCAACGAAGGAAUCAUCUAAGCCUCAGGUAAGGAGAAGGGGUCCAUCUUUAAUCACAUCCCCUUCACCCAAACGCCUCAAAACAGAUGAUAACACCUCAGGAUUGAAGCAAAGCAUCUUCAGAUACUUGGAAAGCUAACACCAUCAGGGCUGAUGGCACCUAUAUUGAGACUGCUUGAGAAGUUUCUGGCAUUGAAGGUUGGAAUCAAUGCUCAUGUGGCUGAUCGCUGUCCCCCUUCCUUCAUAAUCAGUGCAUUAAGAUAACAGACAGAGAUUCCAGUUCUUUCCACUGCAUGGCUCUGGACAUCUUUUUCCUUUCCUAGUAUUAUUUCCUGGGUUGGCCACUAAUCUUAAUUUUGCAGUGUUUACAACGUUAACUCAUGGGUACUUAGGUGAAGGCUCACCUCCUCCAUUAUAUAUUUGACAUUUUAACCUAACAGCCUCCUAGGUUUAUAUCUUUGCGAAAGGGGUGGUUAGAGGAGGAGGAGGAGAAGAAAAAAUGUGGCAUUACAGAAAAUAGCAGAAAACAGUGAAUGUUGAUGCCAGAAUGAAUUCUUCACACCCCAAGAUGUGUACCACAGUCACCUGGACUCUGAAAGAGAGCCUUUGAGGACCUGGGAACUAACAGAAAGGCUCUUAAAUUUGUCUUGCCCCUUCUGUUUUCCUGUGUGCCUCUUCCCUAGGCAGCCUCAACUUUCCAAUUAACAUUUGCUUCCCUUAUGAUAAGGACUCAGUUGGUACCCAAGUCAGAAAGACCUUGGCCCAAAUUUUCUGGACUACAAGGAUGAAGAUAAGAGGUUACACCCAGUGUCUGUCUACAUUACACACCUGAUGGGGAGUGCAGAGAGCUCUCUCCUAGGACUAAAUUCUCAACGUGAAACAAUGUUGCUCAAGGACCUUCCUUCUCAUCCUGACAAAAAGAAAUAUAACUGUUAUUUAUUGCAUUCAACUGGGUUUAUUACAUUGCCCUGACCAGAGGGCAGUUUAAUAUGUCAUUACUUAUUUAGAAAGAAGACCACUAUGGAGUUUAUAAUCAAAAUAUUGUUGAAGAUGAUUCCCCCCACUGUCAGUUUUCCCUGAACAAUCAUGAGGCUCUUAGAACUUUAGGCAGAUAUUCCCCCCUAAGAAUUGAGUCACUGCUGCUUUGGAAAAGCAUUCCAUGUGAAUACUGUGGUUUCAGAGCUGGACUUGAGAAAUUGGAUGAAUUGUGCCAGUUUUUUAUUGGCAGAGGGAAACAUCAAUUUAAUUGCUGGAAUUAGGAUGUAGGUUUUCUACAAUUGUUUCUAAUACACAAGAUGCUGACUUUGAGAAAAUUUGUAUAUUUGUAAUCUUGUAAUGGCGAAAAUGUAUAUAAGGAUGUUUUAAUAUGUAUGUAGUGUUUCAAUA